AUGCAUGUGAAGCUUAAAGCUGUAUAUACACUUGUCGAGCAGCUGUAUACCGGGAGUCAACGUGCAUUAGCCACCAUUUCGCCAACAGGUGAAGCACCAACUAUGCUGAUAGAUGUGUUAAAGAGACUCGCCGUGCUGCCUGUGAGAUUUGACGAAAUAAAGCGAUCCUCUGCAAGAGCUGGCACAAUGACGGCUUUGAGCCGGGCCAAGGCAUGGGUACCAGAGCUUGACCCGUCUGAGUUUCUACGGGGGAUGUCAGAGAAGGACGAGAAGAUCAAAUUAUUAGUAGACAUGGGCUUUUCUAAAGAUGAAGCAAAUAUGGCUAUUACAAGAUGUGGUAUGGAUGUUGAUCUAUGUGAAUUAGUUGAUUCGAUAAGUGCAUCACGAAUUACAGAAGAUAGUCAUUCUAGAAACUUAUCUGACCAUCAGGUCACAGAUCAGUGCUUCCAUUCAUUUGGAGGGAGAAAGAAAGCAAGAUUGAUGGAAGAGAGCAAGAAAAAGAGGAACCGGUAUGGAGGUACAGCACAGGGAAAUCAACCCUCCUUGGAUGGUAGCCAUGAUGAACCAAUGCCUCUCCCAAAUCCAAUGGUUGGGUUUAAUUUGCCAGGUAAUUCGCAACCAUCAAUUACUAGAAUACUUCCUAAACAAGAUAGUGGACCACCCUUUUUCUACUAUGAAAAUGUGGCCCAUGCUCCCAAAGGCCAUUUGUGUGCAACUGCAAGGAAAAGAGGCUACAUCCAUAAUUUGCCAAUUGAGAAUAGAUCACCUAUUCUUCCUAUGCCUCCAAAGACCAUAUUUGAGGCAUUCCCUCAUUACAAGAAGUGGUGGCCUUCAUGGGACCUGAGAACACAUCUCAAUUGCUUGCAAACAAAUGUUGCAAGUGCGAAGCUGACAGAACGGAUCGGGUGUGCUCUUGCAAGCUGGGACAGUCCACCGACUCGAAGUGUUCAAAAAUAUGUCAUGAAUGAGUGUAGAAAAGGGAAUCUUGUCUGGAUUGGAAAGAACAAGGUUGCUCCAUUGGAGCCUCAAGAGAUGGAAUAUCUACUCGGUUUCCCAAAGGAUCACACAAGGGGACUAGGCAUCACGGAGAGAUACAAGUGUCUCGGCAACACAUUUCAAGUUGAUACAGUUGCUUACCACUUGUCCGUUUUGAAGGUCAUGUUUCCCAAUGGUGUUAAUGUGUUGUCCUUAUUCACCGGUAUUGGAGGAGGAGAGGUAGCUUUGCACAGGCUGGGCAUCCACAUGAAGGCAAUGGUCUCUGUAGAGAUAAGAAAAGCUAAUAAGAGGAUUUUUAAGGGUUGGUGGGAUCAGACUCAGACAGGCACGCUCAUUGAGAUUGAUGACGUGAAAUCUCUUACCGAUGAUAGGAUUUUAUUAUUUGUUAGUAGAUUUGGCGGCUUCGACUUGGUGAUUGGGGGCAGCCCAUGUAACAAUCUUGCCUGGUGCAACAGAUACAACCGUGAUGGCUUGGAGGGCGAGCAAUCUGCUUUGUUUUGA